GUCGUCGUGAAAAUGAAUAUUGAAAAAACGUAUAAUAUUAUAAUUUGAAUUUUAUUAAUCGUCAGAGUCGAUGUCACUUAUUAUUUGCCGUAUCAUCGCGCAGUACCUAAUAUCAUAUAAUUAUUAAUAAUUACAAUAAUAUUAUAAUAGUAUGAUGCGUUUUAUUUUUUUAUUUUUACCCAGUGCAGCAGCGUAGGAUUAGUAUAUAGAAAGAAGAUAUCAAAUCGGCUGUCUAUAUCUGUAAUACGCUCGUAUUGAACAUCUGUGGUAGGCAUUAUUUAUUUUAAUUGGCCGCAUAAUAUUAUAAUAUUUUACAUUAACUAUACGCGUAUCCAGUGAGUUAUGGAACAGCCAUUUGGCUAUUGCGCAACCGAAAAUCCCUACGUAGGUAUUUCGAUAUUAAUUUAUAUAUUGUACAGCAUUAUCAUCGCGUUCGUCCACCGAAUCAAUAACGUUCCGUCUUAUAAUAUUACAGGCAAACGCGUAAUUAUAUAAAUAGAGGUUCUCGGGCUCGUUAAUGUAAAAUAUCGUUACGUUUCGAUAAUGAUAUAAUAUUAUACUUGGUCAUAGAUUAAUAUAUAAGUAUACGACGCGUUAUGGCUAAUAUUAUAAUGACGAUAAUAUUAAUGAGCAACGAUAUUAUAAUAUUCUAUACGCGCACACCGUUAUCAUUGUUUUUAUGGCCAUUAUAGAUGUUAUUAAUCGUAUACCGUAAAACUUACACACACACACCAUAUAGGUACCUACAUCCAGCGUGCCCGCGCGGGUCUUUAUCGCGGCCGUUUAAGUCGAAACACAUGAUGAUGAUAUAGUUUAACGAUUUGAAUACGAUUUGAAUACCGCACAACGUACAUAUAUAUAUACAUAUAUUAUUAAUGUUUUCAAUAGGGUAAACCGUUUUCUAAUCUCGCGAUUAUCGGCCCCCCCCCUCGCAGCGGGUCUGUACCGAUACAGAUGUAUAGCCGUGCGUAAUAUACGACUGGUGGUAAUGAUACAUCGACGUCACGACGACGAUAAUAGUAAUAAUAAAAAUAUUGACUAUACAAUAUCUUUAAUAAAAAUUUUAUUUUUCCCGUAGUAACGUUUACGCCGCCGACGUGAAUACAGACCUAAGGCCGCAAGAGCUGCAGUCCGUACUCUAACUGCAGUAGUGUCUAUAUAAUAUACUUAGUGUUCACCGUACACGUCGAAUAAUGUUACACGUCCAUCAACAAUAAUUAUCGUUUUUUUCGUUUUUUUUUUUUUUUUGUCAUCAUGUUUAAGUACAAUCAAGGCAGAGAUCGAUUCGUGCCCGAUCGACAUCGGAGCCCGUAUUCGUUUUAUUCUCUACACUACAGCACCGUCAAUCAUCAAUACGAUUGCGUGUCCAACUGCGCCGAAGAAUCCGAUUUCCUGGAACCGUUCGAGUGCGAACGGCAGCAAGAACAGAAGCACCGAGCUUUCCGGCAACUUCAGUCGUACAUGUCACUGGAGUCCACUGGCGGACACUUGUUGCGGCACGUAUUGAAAGAACGUAAUAAUAGCGCAGACAAGAUAGACCUUGCCACCCUAUACCGGGACGUUGACUUGACGUGGCCCAUUCGGAUGGUUGACAAGAGACGUUUGGCCCGGAAGUCCAAUCAGGCCACCAACAAAUCACUGGUAGCCGAUCUGCUGUUGGACAUGCCGAAUCUGUCCAACGACUGGAUGACCAAGAUACUGGACUGGAGUGCGACGGGCUACUUGACGGCUGCCAUACAAUCGUCGAUACACUUGUGGUCGUGCCGCACGCAGAGCGUCCAGUACACGAUCGACGCGGCGAACGGGCACGAGCCGACGGAGGCGGACGGAGGAAGCGGCCCGGCGAAAACCGUCGUCGGCUGUGUGAAAUGGGACGCGCAGGGCGUAAAACUGGGAUACUCGUUCACGGUGGACCGGGACGAAGCGCCGUCGUUCGACUCGUCGGCCGAAGCGUGGGACGGCGGCGGUCCCUCGCCGCACGCUCUGUUGUCGCGGGAACGGACGAACGCGGCACGCGAACCGCAAUCGGCGGACGUGACGUACCGGUCCCCGUCCACGGCGAACUCGUCGGCGGACGAAACGUCCCGGCGAAACGGUGCGGCCGCGGCGAAGAGCGUCGGACGCGUAAAGGUUUGGUUAUUGAACGCAGGGAGUGAAAACUCAAAUUAUGAACAAAAAACAUCGAAUUGUGGAUGUGAAAACGAGGACGCAUACCAACGGUUCAAUGGAUGCAAAAUUAUUGUAAUGGAUUGGUUGGCUAACGGUCGUAUUUUAGUGACAGGAUGCACGAGGGCCACAGUGACAUUCUUCAGGUACGAUUUCGCCCAAAAGAAAUUGAUCGUUAUUCUCGUUUUAUACAAGCCAGACGAAAAUUCGCUAAUUACCUGCCUGCACGUGUCGCAGGACAAAUGGAGUCGUCACUUGGCAGUCGCCACUUAUUCACAUCGGGCCUGUAUAUUGAGAGUUUGGCGUAUCAAAGACCUGCUGGAAUUAGGCCCAGCAGACGAUGGGGAUUUAAAUUUGAGUAUCAACGUGACCCAUACCUUGACCGACCGAUACGACAGUAAACGGCGUGGCCAGUCUAACUGGCUGAUUAAGGCCUUCGCUUGGCACCCUUGGAAACACGCUCUGAUGUGUUACGCUGUCACGUCGACCCCACGGGACGGGAUGCAGAUGUACGUCAACCGCAAGUCUCCGUCAUGGUUCGUACUGGCGAACGCGUGCAAGGGACAAGUGUUGAAGCGCAUCGAACAGACCGCAAGCAACUGCUGUCCGACGAUGAACAUACUGCACGUCAACACCCACUCGAUGACGUUCAGCCGACUGACUGGCGAACUCCUGGUGUCGGCCACGACCGUGUACAGUGUCAAUAGUGCAUAUUCCAGUCCUAUUUUAAUAGAUAAACACAGCGUCGUAGUGAUGCACGCCCUGGACCGAAUCGUCGAGACAUUGAGCAGUAGCCAGACGGAUCGAGGCCUGUUUUUUGCGUGGAGCCCGGACGGCAAGCGUAUAGCUUUGACGAAUUCCGACGAGUCGUUGAGAAUAUGGAACUUUUGGCCGUCCGGUAACGUCCGACAAAAAACCAAUAAUCGUCCGCCGCACGUUUACACAACGAAUGCGAUUUCCACGGUUAAUUCGGCCCACCAAACGGAAGACUUGAACAACAACAACAAUUACAGACUUAUACACAAUCAAAGCUCUCAAAAUAGCCAUACGGCGAUGUCCCAGCUAUCGUUGGACGCGGCUCGCAUAAUAAAAUGAUCUCCGAUAAGACGUGCGUUUUGUGUUUGAAAGAUGUCACGCGAUGGGCGUGACAAUAAUAAUUUAGCAUUUAUAAAAAAUUUUCGAGUCGAUUAAUAAGCAACUAUAAGAAGUUAAAGUUUGUUAACCAUUACACUUGGCCCUAGCGGUUAAACGCCUACUUAAAUUGUGGCCAAUUUUUUACCUAUAUCGCGGAUAACUUAUAAUUUUGUCGAUGCUUUUUUUUUCAUCUUUUUCUCUAUACGUAUAGAUAUAUUUAUAUUAUAACUUCGACUUCCGUAAACUAUGAUUCUAUUUUUCUUUUUUUGUAAAUAUUUUACUAAUUUUUACACCGUAGAUACGUAUUUUUUCUCGGGUCGAUUAAAUGAAUUUAAUAUUAAUUUUGUAUUUUUAUAUUUUUUUAUUACUUAUAAUAUUGUUAAACGUAUAAUUACAAUUAUCAUUAGUUAAGUGUUAUGGGUGGUAUUCAAAAUUUGCAACAGUUGUACAAUUCAAUUUUUACACACUCCGCAUUAUGUAUUAUAAUAUAGUACGUCUUAUUAUUACUAUAUUAAGUUCGUUACAGUGUAAAACAGUACUUGUGAUGGCCAUGAUGCUGAACAAUAAAUUAAAACACUAUGUAAUCGUAUUAUACUACCUAAAUCUGUAUUAUUAUUAUUAUUAUAAUUACACGGCUACAAAUAAGUAUAGUUAUUUAAACAUUAUACAGGAUGAUGAUUCAUCAAGCAUACUCAUAAAAUUCUAAUUUUCGAAAUUUUUAAGUAUACCUACCUACUUUAGAGGCCUCUAUGAGAGGAUCAAUUUCUUGAUGAAUCGUUUUGUAUAAUUAUAACUAUUUUUGAUCCACUAGCCAAUCGUAAUGCUGUAUAAUUUUAGCUAUUAAUUUUAAAGUGGUACAUAAUAUUACCUAACUUUUAUUUUUACACCUAAGUUUAAAAAAAAUAAUACAAUAUUUCUAAUUAGUAGUCAAUUCUAAAACCAUAAAAUCUGAAUAGUUUAUAAAAGACAACUAUUUUUUAUAGAUAUUUUAAGUUUAA